GACUAGAGGGCGGUGCCUUGGAGACGUGAUUGAAUGGGUGGGUCUUAGAGCCGAGCAGGAAAGGGGCGGGGCUUAGCAGCACCAAGAAGAAGGCGAGAGACUUUGGGUAUUACGGUGGGGGGCUUUGCGGUGACCCUGUGGGUGAAAAGAUGCCGCGGGUUGUCCCGGACCAGAGAGCUAAAUUCGACAACGAGGAGUUUUUUCGGAAACUAAGCCGGGAGUGUGAGAUUAAAUACACAGGUUUUCGCGAUCGGCCUCAUGAAGAACGACAAGCACGUUUUCAGAAUGCUUGCAGGGAUGGACGCUCUGAAAUAGCAUUUGUUGCUACGGGUACCAACCUAUCGCUGCAGUUUUUUCCAGCAAACUGGCAGGGGGAACCACGGCAAGCACCCACACGUGAAUAUGUGGACUUUGAACGGGAGCCUGGGAAGGUUUAUUUGAAAGCUCCAAUGAUUCUGAAUGGUGUCUGUGUCCUGUGGAAAGGCUGGAUUGAUCUUCAGAGAUUGGAUGGGAUGGGUUGCCUUGAAUUUGAUGAAGACAGAGCACAGCAGGAGGAUGCUUUGGCCCAGCAGGCCUUUGAAGAAGCUCGAAGGAGAACACGUGAGUUUGAAGACAGAGACCGCUCUCACCGGGAGGAAAUGGAGGUGAGAGUUUUACGACCACGCUGCCCAUAACUGUAUUCUGUUUUCAUGUAGGCUCGGCGACAGCAGGAUCCCAGUUCUGGUCUGGGUGGCGGGGAUGAUCUAAAGCUGCGUUAAGCCUCCAUCUCCAAGUUCACUGUACCACCUGCUUAACAAGGAGAGUAGGACUAUUUCAUUUGCAGCCCCAUGCCUUUGGUUCACUGUGGACCUUUUGCCUUUCACCCCAUGUCUGUAAGCAUGCUGCUUGUGCUUUUUACAAACAGUUCACAUAGAUCUCUUGGUGCACUAUGUGUGCAAUAAUAGGUCAUGAUUUAAAGCUUACUAUAUAAAUUAGGUCAAGUUUUUAAUAUUGUUUUUGCUAUUUUGCUUGUUGCUUUUAUCUGCUGUUAGUUUAAUCUGGACAUCCCUGGAAGAUGUAUAAUUUAAAUGUUUGAUAUCAGGUCACACAGUAAUGCACUGCACAAUUUAAGGUGAGAAGCGUUGGAUCCCCAUGUAUGUAAUAUAAAUACAGUUACAGAGCAGUCUAUGCCCAUUUUUAUACGGACAAAGUGUUACCUAAACUGGAUGAAUUGUGUAGAAUCACAUCUUCAAAUUAUUCUUGUUUACGGUUUUUAUUUUCUAUGUAAUAUUAUCAGACUGGGAAUAUAUUUUUUUCUGGAGCAGUUCUAAGCACACUAAAAAGACACUUUCAUAUUUUCUUAACAACCUCUUAUGUGUAUCAUGAUAAUAUAAAUUUCUAUGUUACAAACAUAUCACAAAAUCCAAUCAUAAAUUUGUUGUAUACAUUCUCUAGGUAGCAGUUAUAAACAAUCCUAAAUGUGUUGUAUACAUUCUCUAGGAAGCCGUUAUAAUGGGCAUUUUAAAGCUGGUUAUUAACUGUCAAAUGAAAGAGAUGGAUAGAUGUAGGUCCCCUGAUUAAAAUACAAAACAGCUUCAGGAAAUGUAUUUAAAAAAAAAAGUUGGAGGAAGAAUAAGAUUCAUACUUUUCAAAGCUUAUACCUAAUUUUUUAUUGAUGUAUCAUUUGGUGUUUAAUUUGUCUUUACAAUCUGCUAGUCUUUUGUACAUUUUGUUUUGGAAAUUUUGGGAUGUCUAGCGUGGGAAAAAUUGCAACAUUUUUGUAAAAGCUCUAUACCACCCCCUGCAGCUCAAGCAAUAUGUUACAUAUAAAAGGGAAAAGGAUCAUAAAUAAGUUAGACUCACAUUAUCAUAAAUGUCAAGAGCCUUACAAUUUUAAGAGCAAUGAGUUAAUGUAACUUGCAAAAUGGAUCAUGUUAGAACUCUAAAUUAUUUUAUUCAGAAGUCAGUUUUACCAGUACUAUAACAGUGUUGCUAUUCUGUAGAACCAAAAGAAAAACACAUACUAUGCAUUGUUUGAUUUUAAUUAAGCUUUACUUAUAUAAUGUUUACCCUUUAAGUGGUUUAUUUUGUUAUUGUUGGAACUGUAUGAAUCAGAUACAGAAUUGUUACCUUGUUUUAAUAAAGUACUGCUAUUGCCUAAAUAGCUGGUUUACAAUUA